CGUUAGGGUUCUAAACUAAUGUUCCUAAAUUUUUGUUGUUGUGGAGGAUUAGAUCUAUUAGCAUACAACGUGUUCGACAGUAUUCCUGUGAGAAUCCCUGAGAAACUUUGCUAAUCUUCAUCAUUUCUUUGAAUUCACCGUAUUCCGACCAUGAAAUUGAGAAAUAUCGUUGGUUCUAUUUCGAGUCUGGCUAAAGAUAAACUCUCUUCAUCUUCUUCUUCGUAUAGACAAAUUUUCACGGCGCGUUCAUCUUCUUGGCAACGAGAUGCUGGAAGCAAGCUCUCAGAAGCUCUACCUGGAAACCAUCUAAAAUGGGCUUCGCUUGGUUCAGUUAGGAAUUCGAGAUUCGCAUCUGGGUUUACUCCGUUGCAGCCGAAACCUUUGGAUUCAAUCAUGGAUUUGGCCAGAGCCAAAACUAAAUCUCCGGAAGAACUCACUUCCAUCUGGGACGAUUAUCACUUGGGACGAGGUCAUAUUGGGAUAACGAUGAAAGCUCAGCUUUAUAGAUUGUUGGAGCAACGAGCAUCCGAAUGCCGAUACUUUGUGAUUCCAUUGUGGAGAGGAAAUGGUUACAUUACUAUGUUUGCUCAAGUUGAAGCGCCUCAUAUGAUUUUCACUGGUCUCGAAGACUACAAAGCAAGAGGAACUCAAGCGGCUCCUUAUCUGACUACCACCUUCUACACCGAGCUUUCAGAGACAAAGGACUUGGUGUUUAUCCGAGGAGAUGUUGUGUUCACAAGCAAACUCACUGACGAAGAGGCGAAAUGGAUCAUGGAGACAGCUCAGUCGUUUUACUUGAAUGACUCUCGGUACAAGCUGCUCGAGCGGUUCAAUAAGCAUACUCAUGAUUUUGAGUUCAAAGAUGUGCUACAAGCUCUGGAUAUGCCUGUUCUGUGAUUUUGCUAAAUCGGGAGAAACAAACUUUUUCUUUUUUUGUGUUCUUGAGACACUCCUUGUAUUAGAGAAUUGCUUUUGUAAGGUAAUAAGACUUUUUGUCCAUAACCAAAUGAGUUUGGGUUGGAUACUUCUCUUGUGCCAAAUACCAGAUUUGAGAGAUUUUGUUCUUGAAUAAACAAUUGUGAGUAAAAUAGGCAUCAAAAUUCGUUUU